AGAGUUAGUACUUGUUUAUGCAAUGCUUCCAAGCAUAUAUAUUUAUUUUAUGCAUUAUUAGUAUUAUAUCCUUUUACAUUUUUUUACAGACUGAAAAGAAUACUCAGAUUGCAAACGCUAAAAAAGAUAGCAAUAAAAAAAAUUUGAAGAAAUUCAAACAAACAACAGCCCACAUGCAAUCAAGAAAGCCCCUCGACGAUUCAAUCAAUGGAAAAUCUUCUGAAAUUUCUAUAGCAACAUUACAAGAGAUACAUAAUUCAUUACAAGACUUGAGAAGAAAUGCAGUAUCUCCCUGCAAAUGGUCUGAUGAGGAAGGUGAAAAAACUGAUGAAGAAUUCAAUUCGAAAGGAUUAGUUGACCCAACAAAAAGUAAAGAUUCUACUUCUAUUCGUUCACCUGCACAUAAUGAAGAUGCACCUCAAACUCCCAAAAGUUCAAACCAAAGUGGCCAUAUGAUGUCCAAGCAAAGCUCAAUCUUAGAUACGAAUGUUCAAUUAAAAGAAAAGAGGAACGCCUGUGGUACUCUUAAUUCUUCUACUCAUUAUAACAGUGCACCUCACAUGCCAGAAAUUUCAAAUCCAAGUAACCCAAUGACGUCCAAGCAAAGCUCAAUCUUGGAUACGAAUGCUCAAUUAAAAGAAAAGAGUGGUGGUACUCUUAAUUCGUCUACUCAUGAUGACAGUGCACCUCACACGCUAGGAAAUGUUGAUUUUGAUCUUCAACAACUACAUGAAGAUGAAUACGAAAUGGAUCAUAAUAAUUCUGAUUUAUCUGUGCCCAGUAUCGAAUCAAAUUUGGAAGAGUUAGUAGAGCAUGAUAAAAACCGAAGAAGUAAUGAGUCUGCUCAAGGAAGAAGAGGUCUUAAUAAUAUUGAACGCGCUGAAGUUAGGGAAGAUCCACCAAACCUACAUCCAGCUAUCCCACCUUUACAGGAACAGAUUGGUCUUGGAGGAAAUGAAGCAUUACAAGAUAUCGACAAUCGAAACAAUGAAAAUCGUGGUAGGGCAAGGUUGCCCAGAAGACCCAAUCACUAUACAUACUGGCGUCUUAAGAGACAAAGAGCUGAUGUAUUGGAUGGUGUUGAUGCGCAAGUGGAUUUGUCAAAUAGACUAGUCGUCCCUGAUGCAGAAGAUAUUGAUCCCGAAGGAAGGGUCAAGUAUGAAGUGAUUGGAGAAAAGACAUACUUAGGAGGUGGUAAAAUGGUUAAAACCGAGGCGUGGAAUGUAACAAAAAAACGUUCUGCUUGGAUUUUUCUAAAAGAUGUGAGCCAAAUGAUAUGGGGCAAAAGAACGUUGGUUAAUAGGUGCGUCAACCCUUCACAAGCAUACAUUCGAUUAAUAGAUAGAAGUCCCAGAAAGCAGAUGACGCCUCGAAAAUAUAAAGUUGUUAAAGGUAAUAAUUUUUAAAUCAUAAAAUUAAUGUUUUCUUUUAACAAGUCAUCAAUGUAUUUAUACAUAAAUCUUUUUUUAGAAUUAUUCGACGAUUAUUUGGAGGAUCAUGAAAAUUUAAAAUCAAAGAAAAUGUUAAUGUUCAAUAAAAUGAACCUCAAGAUUGGAGAAAAAAUAAAGGAUUUGAGAGAAUCAAAUUAUGAAGAAAUUAAAGACAAUAAUAUAAUAAAUUAAGAAAUACAUGUUUUUAUAGUAUAGUUGAUGUAUUACAUUAUUGAAUUGAUGUUAAAUGUAAUAUAUAUAGAUUUAAUAAUGUAAAUCUUUAAAGAUAUGUUAGCUUAUGUUUUGUAUGAUUUAGAAUUUAAAUAUUUAAAAAAUAAAUUGACAUUUUCAUGUACAUGUAUAAACAUAUACUAUUUUUAUUUGCCAGAUCUUCAAAAUUAUAUUUUUAUAUCAUUAAUUUUAAAAUCAAAUAUAAUUAAUAAUUGAAACACGAGAAGGUGUAACUAUCUUUACAAUUAAUGGAACAAUUGAAAUUUUUUAAUAUUUUUUAUUAAAACAUAUGGUUUACCAUAUGGGAACCCACGACAAAACACCUUGUGGGUCUCCGUGUGGGUAAUCGUAGGAGGCCACUGAUUGGAACUCAUGUAUGUCCCCAUACGUAAACCUAUUAGAUAUACCUCGUAGGUCCCCACAUUUUUUUU